AUGUUACAUCUGUAUGUGGCACACUAUGCAACCAAGUUGGCAAAUAUUGUUCAACAAGUUCCGUUACCUUUCUUGACCAUAACCAUUAUCUGUAAUGCAAUUGCUUUUUUUAUAGAGCUCUAUUUAGAUUAUAGGCAAAGUAGACUUUUGAAAACAUCGACGAAUAUUCCAUCUAAAUUGAAAGAUUAUAUUGACAAGGAUGAAUAUGAUGACAUGAGAAAUUAUAGUAUUACAAGAUUAGGAUUUUCUCGAUUAGAAAAUGCUUAUGGUUUCAUUACAGAAGUAUUUAUUUUGCUUUCGGGAGUUCUAAACUGGAUGUUUGAUCUAGCUCUCAAAACGAACAUGUUGCUUUUUGGACUCGGAGAGGAAUAUGUCAUCACUAGGGGUGUGACAUUUCUAUUUUUGGUGUCGUUGUUGAGCACUUUUGUUCGUGCACCAUUUGAAGUGUAUCGAAUUUUUGUUUUGGACGGAAAAUUCUUUGAGAUUAAGCAAGAACGAAGAGAUUUACAAAAAUCGAUAGAAAAUGAUCCAUCUUCUGAAUUUUUAAAGAAAGUAACACUUGAGAAAAAUAGUAGAAAGCUAGUCAUGCAAAUUAAUAAUGCAAACAUGUUUUUCGGAGAUGAAAAUCAUCAAAAUGGUUCCUACUACAAUGAGUACAGUACUGAUGAGGAGGAGAUUACUUUACUUCCUGAACAUGAAAGCCCUAAACUCAAUUCAAGAUCCACUGAUAGCAAAGAUGAAGCUGUUGUUACCAACAAGUUCGUUGCUUCCAAACAAACUCCAGAAGUAUCAAACGAACAGGUGAAUGAAGAGAAUGAAGCCUCCUUGAGUGACAAUAGUAGCGACAGUGGCGUGCAAGACAUCAUGACAGUUUUUCGAAAUUGGAUAAUGGAUCAAAUCAAAAUGGGAAUUAUGGCUGUGGUGAUUGGAAUUCCCCUAUUAUUUUUAAUUUUGUGGCUUCUCCUUACGGGUAGCCCAAUUCAUUGGGUCUAUCUUUGGUUUGGUGGUGUUGCUCUUUCUGUUGGAAUUUAUGAAUUGUAUCCAAUUGUGUUGGCACCCAUGUUCAAUACUUUUUAUGAAAUGCCUGAAGGCCCACUUCGAAAGAGUAUUGAAGAACUUACAAAAACUGUUGGUAUUGAUGUGAAAGAUAUCGUCUAUGUGGAUGGAUCAAAACGAAGUGAGCAUGCCAAUGCAUUUAUGGUUGGAAGUGGAAAAAACAAGAAAAUUGUACUCUAUGAUAAUUUAAUCAGCAAGGAUGGGUUGAAUUUAACAAAUGAGGAAAUUUUAGCAAUUCUCGCUCACGAAAUUCAUCACUACAAGAUGAAUCACAGUAUCAAAAUUCUAACUUCUCAAGUUUUGGCAUUGGGAAUAUUUCUGUUCAUUCUUUCAUUUACCAUUUACAAUGAACAUUUUUAUACUAGUUUUGGAUUUGGAUUUAUUGAUCCAAGUGUUGGCCUAUGUUUAUUUUCUUACCUCUAUCAGCCAUUAGGAAAUCUAGCCAUGGUGAUAUUGAACUACAUUCAACGAAGUUAUGAAUACUCAAGCGACGAAUAUAGUCUUUCUCUUGGCUAUGAUAUUGAGAAACCACUCAUUAGAAUGCAUGUAAAUAAUGUAUAUAAUUUAAUUGUUGACAAAUUUUACUCGAGAUAUUACAAUGCUCAUCCUUCCCUUUUAGAGAGAAUGGACAAUAUCAAGCGAUUCAAAGAAAAGCAUGCCAUUCGACAACGCCUUAACGAGAAACUAACCAAGCAAGAAUAG